UGCCUAUUUUAUGAGGGGGUUGUAAUAGCUUCACGUUUUACUUUAAGCUCUGUCAGUAAUACAGACGUUUUCAAGGUACACACUUGCAAAGAAGUUCAAUAGAAGACACCAUCGACAGUCUGCAAGCAUAGUAAUCUUCGAUUCUUAGAGUACGUAACAUGGCAAUGUCGGCAGAGAUGGGGUCAGUGGAAUGCGACGGUAUGUACUCUAAACUCAUAAAUAAAGAUGAAGAUACGCCAUAUGAGGAGGAAAACCACAAACUUGGAAAUCCAGACGUUCAGGUGUCCAUGCGCUCUGCUGGAGGUGCACCCAGCUCUCACCCGUACAGACUGGCUACGGGGUGUCUCGGUGUGCUGUGUGUGGUGUUUUUAAUUUCCAUUGCGGUCCUGUGUGCCCACUAUAAGAACCUGUUGUUCGGUGUGAGUGAGGAGCACGGCAUGCUCUCGAAGAACUAUACCUCAGCACAGAGCACAAUGGAACGCCUCUCCUUCAAUGUCUCAGCUUUGUCUGACGUAAUCAGCAAACUGCAGAAAGAGAAGGGAGAUGUGGAAAAAGACAAGGAGAGACUGCAAGCAAGGGUCAAGGUGCUAGAGGAGCAGGGGAAACCCAAGGUCUGCCCGCCAGAGUGGAUUGGAUUCAACACCAGCUGCUACUUCAUCUCCUCCACCAGCAAGUCCUGGAAGGACAGCCAGGAGUACUGUGCAGAGAGGGGGGGACACUUAGCCAUUAUACACACGCCAGAGGAACAGACGUUUCUGUUUAACCAGCUGGUCAGAGGUCACUGGAAUGCGUACUGGUUUGGGCUCAGUGAUGAAAAGGCAGAGGGUGACUGGUUCUGGGUGGACGGGACCAAACUUGUUGGAGGCUUCUGGAUGGAUGGCGAGCCGAACAACCACAUUGAUGAGGACUGUGGCUAUAUGGUGAAGACUCGCAACCCAAGCAUACUGGCCCUGGGAAGCUGGUACGAUGCACCCUGCAGCAUGUACUGGCCAUGGAUAUGUGAGGCUCCGAUCAGUUAGGUACAGGCAUUUGCGCUGGAAAAUGGGAAUGUGCCCAAGCAUUGCCUUCAGAACCAGAAGACUUUAGGACAGCAGUUUUAUAGCCAAUAAAAAUGGUGCCCAUUUUGGAGCCUCAGUAGUUUCUGUGCAGGUCAGAUAGUGACAGUAAGGAGAUGUAUCUUUUGUACAAUCUGAAUACAUAUUGGGAAAUGUUAUGUAACUCUGUUUAGUGUGGGUAUAGAGAGAAUAGUAUUGCUGAUUUGCCAGUAUCUGCUACAAAUACUGUAUAUUUUUUCAAAAUGUGUUAGCAAUGGGAGCUGGACUCUGUUUUUCACUGUCUAUAAAUAACAAUGUUUCAAAAGAA